CGUAACCUGGUCGUAGCGAUGGCUGCCGGUUAAUGGUACAGAGUAAUCAGCGGUAAUUAUUGUGCCACUGAACUGCUGCUUAUUGCGCGCCCAUUAGCAGACAUUCCGCUAUGCCCACAUCAAAUAGGUGUUUAGUGAAGAGGCUCGUCGCAAAUUCGUUUGAACUUUUUACGCUGUUUUUUCCUGUUUAUUUCCGUUAACGUUAAAACCUUUACCGGCACAUUAUCGCCAUGGAGAAGCUCGUGGUAUUACUCUUUAUCGUUGCAUGCAUCAGUUAUGUGCAAACUGACACCCAAGUAACCAUCGACCGAGCCAAGCAAAUCGUGGCGCUUGCCCAGCAGAUGCAGGCCGACAUCAACAGCAAGGGGAAAUCCUACCAGCACAUGGCGGACAUUGUGGCGCAGGUGUCUAUCAUCGUCAACAACACCGACACCGACGGCCAGGCAACCGGCACCAAGGCCUCCAACCGCGCCAGCAACGGACUGACCCUGGCCGGCGGUAUCGUUAGCGGUAUCGGAGGGGCGCUCUCCAGCUUCGGCAAGCUAUUCAAUUAAGA